AUGGUUGCAAUCGCACCAACACUAAUUACGUCGGCGUUUGAUUCUCUGAGACCAUUUACUUAUCCAGACACGGACGUGUUUUUGCUUUGUUUCAAUGUAAUGCUACCUAGUACACUUCGUUCAAUUACCGAUCACUGGAUUCCUGAAAUCAACAAAACAGUUCCUAAUACGCCUUUGAUUCUUGUUGGUACACAAUCAGAUUUACGUGCAAAUGUUAGUUUGGUGAUUGAUUUAUGCAAAAACGGUGAACAACCUGUAAGUGAAACGAAAGCUCGAAUGUUAAGUGAAGAAUUAUCAGCUGAUUAUUUGGAAUGUUCAGCAUUAACACAGCAGAAUCUGAAAGAAGUAUUUGAUGCUGCAAUUUUGACAGCAUUACGACGUAAAGCAUCUAUUCCUUGUCAAGCAAAAAUUACAAACACUGUACGUUGUUCACGUGAACCUUGUGGAAUUCUUAUGAAUGGCAACGAUCGUGACGAAAAAAAAUCAAGUAAAAUUAAACAGGGAUUUAAACGAAUUGUUACAUUAACUAAAAAACUAUUCUAA